GGGCAGAUUCGCUGAGUUUCUGCAGCCCUGUCCCCCCAGCGGCAGACCGGCGGUAUGACGGCUGUUGUUGCUGCCGCGGUAACCGUCCACAGUCCUGCAGACAGAGGGAGAGAGAGAGGGGGGAAGGACGGCAGAAUGGCGACCGUGCAAUGCUCCAAAUGCACGGCAGAAAGGAAAGGGUUUCGGCGGGAACUUGAUUCUUGGCGACACACACUGAUACACUGCGUUGGGUUUGAAAGCAUUCUGGAGGGAAUCUAUGGCUCAAUGCUGCUGAGAGACCUCAAUUUAUUUGAUGACUGUGAACCCGAAGAGGUGGAUGACUGGUCCCCAGAAGCAACCUGCUCUCACUGUUCAUUCUGCAACCUUCCCCUGGACAAACUCAGUGAUCAAGUACCUGCAGCCACGUCACCCCUCUCCUCCCCCUCUGAUUACUCUCCCUGUCAAGCUCCAACCAUCUCUGAGAGCAGCCAAACAGCGCACAGGUUCCUCCAAGCUGUGUUUCACAAAAAAGAUGUGCCCCUGGGCUGUGAUUCCAACAUCCCUCUGAUUGCCCAGGAGCUGAUGAAAAAGAUGAUACAUCAGUUCGCCAUGGAGUAUGCGUCCAAGUGCCUACUCCACACCAGUACAAAUGGUGUUACAACAAGGACCUCAUCACCUUUGUCAUCAGAUGCCCCUCUAGACCUCACAGUGAGCCGUACCCAGGAGGAGAAAGAGAGGGAACCUGAACCAGAUGGCGUGCUUGACCUCUCCAACAGGCCCUCUGCCUGCUCAGCAACUUCAGCAUCAUCAUCCUCAUCUAAUCACAAAGCCUCAGGCUGCCUGUUGCCAUCAUAUAUAGAAGAAAUGGGAGAUCUGGGACAGCGAGAGAAGUGUCACCAGAACUCUGCAUUGGAUGCUGUUCUGAGCUCGCUCUGCCCAGCACAUCGCUCCUUACUCUACCAGAUCCUGAAGCUGGCACACCAGGAAAAAUUGCCGCCUUUCCUUAAUUGCAGACCUGUGGGUCAAACUGAAUCUCACUGCUGUCACUGUGGUGUGAACCCACAGGAUAAUGUUACCCCUCUCCCAGUCCCAUUUAGUGAAUGUAAAGCCCAUAACAGCAGCUCGUACUACCCUUUAACUGAUUGUGAUCAUCAAGGUCAUGGCAACACAAUGUAUGAUCCGGGAGACUCCAAGUCCAAUUGUAGCAUCCAUCGCUACCCCUUAAAAGACUGUAAAAGUGAAGCCCCUCUGGGCUCAAGCUACUGCUGUAUGCAGAGGUGCAGGAUGGAAACCUACACUGUUUUGUGCCCCAAGAGGCUGCACCGCAUUUCCUGCCAAGGCCUGGCUAUAGAUCAUAUCAACAACAUGGUGUGUUCAUUUGCAUCCCCUCCUUCAUUAUCCAAAUCCCCUUCACUGUGCACUGCCUCUGCUAAUUUAGGCCCUUCCUCAUCAAUCUGCUGUAACCAUCACAACCCCCACCCUUGUCCCUGUUAUUCAAACCAUGCCUGUCUGACACAGGUCAGGAACACAAUAGAAAGAAAGGUUGGAGAUGGGGAUCCUCCUUGUCCUGUUUUGAAGAGAGAGCAGAGUCCCUCUCCACCCCCUCUUUCCCCUAUCCCCUCAGACAUCAGUAAGAAAACUGAUGAAAAACCACCCUCCCUCCUCCACCACAGACAAGAGGAGGAAGCCGACCUAAUGGUUAAAAAUGGCCUCAUUAGUGAAAGCCACCAGGAAGCAGAUGUGGAUACAGCAACAGAAGAGGAGCUAGAGUGUAAGACCCCAAGAACUAGUCAGGCCGAGCAGAACGCAAGUGGGACUUCACUGCAAGAUGUUGUGAAUCGCUUCAGUGAGAAACUGGAGACAAUCAGACCUCUAGAGAAGGACCCACCUCUGGCCUCUACAGCCACUUAUGUGUCUGAAAAGGAGCAGCCACAGUCUCCUUCAACCAGUCAGAAUCUGCAGUUUCAUGCAGAUGCCCAUCUGACUGAAAUCAUCACCACAGUGCUUCACACAGGCAGUGCUAGUGACUAUAAUCUCAGUGAGCUCUUCAAUCGCCAUGAUAGCAAAGAGCCCAAGUCACCUAAUACCCGCUCCCGUCGUCGCCAGGAAGUCCUUGCUGCUAUGGCAACACCCACUGAUGAUGCUUCAACCCGAAGGCAUACCUUACAAAUUAAGCGGGAGCUUGCCAUGUUAGACCAAUCCUACAGUAGGAGAAAGGUGCCACUAGCAAAGAGGGCAAGAUUGAAAGAUGGAAAUAAUGCUACUGUAACUACAUCAAGCACUUCAUCAGACUCAAACCUAGUUAAAGAGGAGUCUAAAAGAGAAAUGGAGUUAGGUGUAGAGAAUAAAAGAGUUGGGGAGGGACCACUGAACUUGCUCUCUACAGACAAUGACAGGGAUGAAGUAAAAGAAGAGAUACAGACUGUUAUAGUUACAGAGGAAGUUCAGAUAAUCAAAGCAGAGGAGAAAGAAAGGGAAAUAUCCAGUGAGGAAAAAGAUCCAACUCUCUCAGGCACUCAAAUACCCACCCCUGAGCUGCAGAGCAAGUAUUGCAACCAAAGUUCAAAGGGUGACGGUGUGCAGUCACAGAGGAUGACAGUGAGUACAACCUCAGUAACAAAGUGUAGCAGACCCUGUAAAAAAGAUGUUAAGGGUAGCAGUGCAGAAAGUCAUAGGAACCAUGAAGACGCCCAAUCGGGUCAAAGCUCUGACAGGGAUAAUAGACCAGGUAAAGAUCGCCAUAGUCCUGUUAGAGAGAGGCAGAAAUGUCAAUCAAACCACUCCAAGAAGGCAAGGAAAUCCGGGAGAAAUAUAGUCCCCCCACAAAGAUUCUCCUCCUAUGUCACAGAACCCAGGAAGAUGUUCUUUGUUGCAUGUUUCUCUGAAAGCAUCUUUAACCAGAGAACACAACAGGACAAGGUUUUAACAUCUAGCACCUUGCCUGCCUUAUCCAAAAAUUCAGAUACUAAAGACACCCAGCUUGAAUCAAUAAGUGAAGCACCUCUGUCCUCACCUGAGCAUACAGGGGAGCUUUCCUUUGAAUCAACACAGAGAGAACAAUGUGGGGCAUCUCAUACAGAGUCAAAAGAUCAAAGCCAGGUCUUCCCACAAACUGCAGCUGCCAAAGAGAAGAGAAAGAAACACUGCUCUGACAAUAGGAUAGAAGGCAGUGACUGUGCUGCCAAGCCUUUUGGAAGGUUACGAUCAUCUCCAAAAAGACCACAGGUCUCGAAGACAGCUUCAAGAAAGCCCAAAAACCCAUCAAAUUUGGGUGUCACCAUUCAGUCUGCUACCAGUGUCGAGAGCCCUCUCAACUCUCUGGUCCAGUACACUAGUCCAAUUAAACUCAUGUUUGUAUCACCGGUAAAGGAUAAGGAAGGAGUCAAAUAUAGUCUCAAAUCAGCAGGCUCUGGAUCUAGUGCACAAGGAGAGGAAUCCUUUGACCCAUGUGAAGAGUCGUCAUGGUCUGGGACACCUGAGAAAAAGAAAAGCCAGAGCACUGCUUCUCCACGUUCAAAAUCUAUUUCUUCACCACUAAAGUCUGCUACCUCACCUGCCAGAUCUGCUUGUUCACCAACCAAGUCUGCUUCUUCAUCGGCCAAGACUGGUUCUUCAUCAGCCAAGUCUGCUUCUUCACCAGCCAAGUCUGCUUCUUCACCAGCCAAGUCUGCUUCUUCAUCAGGCAAGUCUGCUUCUUCAUCAGGCAAGUCUGCUUCUUCAGCCAAGUCUGCCUCUUCAUCAGCCAACUCUGCUUCUUCAUCAGCCAAGUCUGCUUCUUCACCAUCCAAGUCUGCUUCUUCACCAUCCAAGUCUGCUUCUUCGCCAGGCAAGUCUGCUUCUUCGCCAUCCAAGUCAGGUAUUUCACCAGCCAAAUCUGCCUCUUCACCCAAGUCAGUUUCUUCAUCACCUAAAAUAGGUUCCAGGAGAUCAGGCGAUAGUACUCCAACUAAGCGUGUAGCUGGAACUGAGAGCCAGAGAUCAUCAGGUGACUUACUAUCUUUCCAUGAAACCACUCCUCCAAAAAGGCGUCCAGGCCGGCCAAAGAAGCUGGGACCACAGCUGGAGCAAAAAGUGAAGAGGCCAAUUGGUCGACCACGUAAGGAGAAGGCUCUGGAUGCAGAAAUGGGGGCAAAAACAGUAAAUGGAAAAUCUGAUUUAGCAUCUGACACUGAGGAGAAUGUAAACAAGAACCUCAAAAUAACAGUAGUGUAUGGCCGUUCAAGGAGAAACAAACGGAUGGUGUCUGAGAGCUUUGACCAGCUGCAAACAGAAUUCAAUGACGCUUGGCAAGCAGUGGGCUUUAAAAGUGAAUUGGGCAUUUUAAUGCACAACUCUAAGAUCAAUCAAGGUAAUAACAAAACAGUUUCAACAGAAUCAUCAGAGGAGUUAAAUUUUGUCAGCCCUGUGAAAGAGUCUGCCCCACAUUCUAGCAGUAACCUCAAAUGUCAGAAGCGGGAUGAUGGUAUACCCUCAAGGAAACCAGGUAGACCUGCAAAAGUUAAAAUCUCUGGAAUCUCAGUCACAGUAACUACAGUGUCACCCAAGCAACGUAAAAUUCAGAUAAAUAAGGAAAUUAGGCGGUCUCCUGAGACACUUAUGAAUAAGAAAACUCCAAAAUUCAGAUCUGCCAAAGAGCCCUGGACAAUCAGUCGUCAGUCAACGAGCAAAAGAAGUCAAGCAGUGGAAGGAAUAGAAACAAAGGAUGAAAGUGAAGACAAACAGCAGAAUCAGCCUGUAGCAGUGCGUCACUCAAUGAGAGUGAGGAAGCCCUCGAUUUACUUUCUGCAUGCUGUUGCCACCUCCACCUCUAGAUCAUACAGCCACAGUAACGCUCUGCUACGGCGCUCUAAACAACUUCUGCUAAACAAGGCCAGCAAUGAAAGGAAACAGGGAGAGCAACAGGGUAGUGUAGAAACUUCAGGGGAGAAAAGACAGCUCUGUGGACGAGAGAGGAAGAACAUCUCUCAGGACCUGAGUAGAGUGGCAGGGGUGUCUGUAGACUCAAUCUAUACUCCAGAGACACUCAGGUGGUGGGCAGCAUCAGCCGAGGAAAAGAACAUGAACCAGGAGCUUGCCAGACGAAUACGGCUCAUCUCCGACACCUGGGUCCCAGACACUGUGGAGAACCAAGAAGAAAUAGGCCUUAAUUCUAAAUCAGGCACUGACGGCAACAGUUCAUUUACCGGGAAGUCAAAACGUUCGUCUGUGGUUCGAUCGCUGUUCGACUGUUCUCCUAACAAACCAAGGUCCUGUAGCAUGCAGCAGCUUUGUUCCUGGUUCAUGCAGACCACAGAGACACAGUCCUUAGGUAUUGUCAAGAAGGCAAGCUCACGCAAUCCUUAUGAACUUAUGCACUUCCCUCGCACAGCCAACAUAAAAAGUGUUUGUCACAGUCCUCAGGCAGAGCGACUCCGCAAACACAUCAAGAAGUUUGCCAAAACUGUGCCAAAAAGUCCUUUCCAACAUGAACAGGCUCAAAAAAGGUUGAGGAAGAGGAAUAAGGCACCUCUAUCAACACAUAAUAUUCGGCGACAACUUUUCACAGCCAGGUUUGCAGCAGACAGACGCAAUCAAGGAGCCCAGAGAUGGAAAGGCAAAGCAUUCAGAAAAUAUCAGGCUAUGCUGUUUAGGGCAAGGACAAGGUUCCUAACCCGGAAAGAAAGGGAGAGGUGGCGAAAGAGGCAGAGGAAUACGAAAAACAUAAAACUAACCACAAGAAGUUCACAUGGACACAUAGUAACUGGACUAAAACCAAAACGUAAAGUAUUACGCAGAUCAGCAAAAGAUCAGUUAUCCAACUGUUUGGAGAACAGUUCUGCCACCAGUUCUGUCAACCAAACACAGGAGCCUGUGGAUGUACCCAAAGAGCAGAACCUCUGCUCUAAAGCCUGGAGCCCUGAGACACUGAAGGAAUGCCGGGUGUUUCUGAGAAAGAUCAACUCUCCAGACAACGAAUCAGCUGAGGAGGAGUGGGACUCCUGUACUGUGACACUGGAUGAUGGGUCACCUUCUGCAUACAUGUUUGCAGGAAGGGAGAGGGAACUGGUAGGAGUUGUUAAAACUGUGAAAGAAAACAGAAAAAGGAGCAUGACUAGGAGGACUGCCUCUAGAGAGCUGGAAGCUUCUGCACCUAAAUCAGUCCAGGAGCAGGAUGAGACGCCAGUGGUGAGGCAGAAAGGCAAAUAUAAAAGUCCUGGGGUUGUGUCUACUGAACCACCACAACCUCAACCAGCGAAAAUAUUGAGACAAUCGCGAAUGAGGGGCCUAACCGGGCCGAGAUGGUGCGACUUUGUGUUUGAACACUAAAUGAAGCAUGAGGCCUCCUCCUUCCUGGGAAAGGGACUGUGGUUUAACGUGGUGCCUUUGGACAUUGAGCUGACCACAAGGACUGACCAUCCCACUAUGGUUCAGUCUUACCCUCAGCAAUUAUGUAGCAGUCUAACUUAACAAAAGCUUGAUGUUGCACUAUUUUUAUCCAUGGAUAUGUAUGUACAGAAUGUUUGAUUUUUUUUUUUUUUUUUUUUUUUUUUUAAACGUCAAUGCCUUUUACUUUCUGAACAUGUAUAGUAGAUCAACUCAUUACAUCAACCAGAGUUUAAAUGGGAUAUUUGCUCCUACAGCGAGCCCAGUAAAAGUGGCUGUAUUAGAAGGAAAGAUAAAGCUUGACUGCAUAAAGACAGUGCUGUCUGCCCCAAAAACAUACCUCAUUAUCAACCGACCUAUGACACCAGUAAAAAUUUAAACUUUAACCUAAUAUUUUGAGUCAUUGUCUCCACCACUAAAAUGUACAGCUUUAAAAUUUAAAAAAUUUAUAGUCACCAACUUUGGCACUGGUUAAGUUCAAAACUUCUAAUUUAAUAAUUUGUUUUUUUGUAUAUUUUAGGUUUUAAAUUUAAUGACAAACAUUCUCUCAAUCCGAGCCUUGUUUGCAAUAUUUAAUCUUUGAUGCUACAGUCACUGUCACAAGUCAUUAGCCAAAAAACGUGCUUUGAAUGAAGGAUUGUUAUGGAUCAAAAAAGCCACAUCUUUACUCUAAUCAUGAUGAGUGUCGGGCCCCUACCAUAAAAUAUUGUGUUGGAACUAUUUGGCCGUCAGCCUUGACUAAAACCAAAUAUUUUAUGUCAUUAUUUCUCUCCAAACUGAACCACAAUUAGCCCAAACAUACAUGUUCUAAAUGACUACAUAUUUAGCCCCUCAGUAUGUGGAGGUUUAUGUGAAGCGAUGAAGGAAAUGGCAUUAUGCAGUUGUAGAAAGUAGAUCCUGAUUGAUUUUUUGUUGGUUUGUGGGAUCUGUGUUGUUUUGAUUCAGUUACCUUUUAUGCGAUUGUAUGUCUCGUUUUCACCCAAAGCAUAUACUGUAUGUUGGUGUCAGAUCUACUUCUUGCACUAUUCCAUCUGAGAUUAUUAUUCCCACUACACAGAUUCCUCCCCCAUAUUUUUGCACAUCCCAUGUCCCACUACCAACCCCUACUGUAAAACUAGAGAAUCUAUUUGGUGCAAUACAAACCCAGAUGUUUUAUCAGUAUGUAGUAAUUAUUUUAUUGCUGACAGACGAAUGGAUGUACACAAGUACCAAUGGCCUGGGAUGUCACUUCAGUCGUUUCCAUCGCCAUGUAAUGUGAUCUCAAAGGAUAUUGCUAUACAAACUGUCCCCACCCCCUUUCUCCCCCCCACCUGCUUUGUUCCCCUCAGUGAAGCAGAAAAUUAACAGAUUCCUAAUUGUUAUUAUAGCAUUAAAUUGUUUUUAUCAUAAAUGUACUAGCAUUAUUUACUGUUUGAAUGCAGGUGGGAGAUGUGUUGCUGUUUAGAGUUCCUGUUUUUCAAGUUGCAGCAAGAGACGCCUACCUCCACUUGGGCUCAGCUAGGCCUACUGCUCUUUUGCUUAUCGACCGUGUGAUAGACGAGGCCAGAGAGUUGAUCAGUAAACACUAAUCUUGGAUCAAUAUUAUGUUCUCCUGCCUUCUGUUUCGAGGGAAGGUAGAUCCAAGAUGUCUGGCCUGUAGGUCAAUACUUAAACCUGUAGUGUGUAUUGUGUGCCUGACUACCCUUGUAUGUAUGUCACUACGGUUGCCAUUUCAGCACGAGGGAAGUGAGGCGGCCCCGUCUUGCAACAAAUAACCCUCUGUUGAAGAACCUGGUGCUAAACAUCUGUUGUAUAUUUUCUUUAUCAUGUGUUUUUAUACUGUCCUUUACAGAUACAAUAAAAAGGUGUCUGUGAUUGGAACAAUAAAGAUUCUUUUAAAAUA